AUGCCCUUUGGAACGUUCUUUUGGGGCGCGGGGAGGGGCGGGAAAAGCGGCGGAAUUCCGUGGCGUUCCGCAGAUCGGAGCUUCACGUCUAGAACGGAGGGCCGCCCUGUCCUGGUCGCCCUGGCAAGAAAGCUUGGCAGCUGGUUCCUCCCCCCCCACAGCACACAGAACGCAUCAAUCCCCAUCUGCAACAAGUUGGUGACCUACAGCACUCCUAUUUUUCUUCUUCUUCGAGGGGUCUCCGCAUUUCGACACGAACUGGUGUGUGCUCCGAUGGCUCCUAGGAUCGUUGUGGCCGUCGAUUUCGGGACAACCCGAAGCGCCUGGGCAUACAAGGUUGGUGACGACGAGCCCGACGACAAGACCGACGACAAGAUCUUCGUCCGGAUUCCUGGAGGCGUAGGCCCCGCACCGUCCGCCAGGACCAAAACCGAAACAGCGGCCCUAAUCAACAGGCGCGGCAGAGGGGAACUGGUGGCCUUCGGACAAGCGGCGCUCGAGCGGCACGCCGAGAACACAGCGACAGCCGGAGGCGACCCCUCCGACGCCAGCGAGGCUUUGUUCAAGUGGUACAAGACCACCCUGUUCAAGCCCAAGCCGGGCGAAAACACGGUCGAGCGCGUCACGGCCACGUCUACGUCGGGUGACGUCGUGCCGUUGCUUGGGGUCAUGACAGCCACCCUCCGCUACUUCAAGAAGGACGCCGUCGGGUUCUUGUCUUCGCUUACCGGAAGGACGAUUCGCGCGCGGGAUGUGAACUGGGUGCUGACGGUGCCCGCCGUCUACGACGACUUCGCCAAGCACUUCAUGCGUCAGGCCGCCCACGAGGCAGGGAUGAUCGACAAGGUCGGCAGCACAAACCUGCGCCUGUGCCUGGAGCCGGAGGCGGCGUGCCUGGCGGUCAUCCCGCGAGGCGCAAACAACCCUCUGACUUGCGAAGCGGAGGGCAAGAAGAUGAUGAUCGUCGACUGCGGGGGGGGGACCGUGGACAUUACGACGCACAACAUCGUGACCAUUGAUCCCCUGAACGUGGUCGAGGUGGCGGCACCCACCGGAGGCGCGUGGGGAUCGACGCAAGUGGACGAGGCGUUCAAGAAGUGGCUGCAGAGGUUCCUCGGAGAUUGGUACGACAAGAUCGCCAAGACCGAAAUACUCCUGUCCAUCAUGGAGUUCUGGGAGCGCAAGAAGGCCGCGUUCGAUGGUCAUGAAUCGGCGGAGCCUGUUCGGUUGAACCUGUCGGCUCUCGGCCAGCGACAAAUGAUGGACUCCCACGACCUGGAGGACCUGCGUACCCGGUACAACCGCGGAGAAUCCCGGCGGAAUCGCGUCGAAGGGAAAGGCUACAUGGUCAUCCUGCCGACGACGCUGGUGACUUCGUUCUUCACCCCCACGCUAGACAGCAUCGCCCGCUGCCUUCGGGGCAUCAAGGGGGGAUCGGCGCUGCGCAACCUCCACCGAGUCUUCGUCGUGGGCGGGUUCUCGCGCUGCCCCCUCCUGAUGCAGGUGGUGCGGGCUGAGCUCCAGAACGCGUCCUGCCGCGUCGUCGAGGUGAGCGAGCCGGACAUCGCCAUCGUGAGGGGCGCCGUGAAGUACUUCGACGAGUCCGCGGUGUUCAACUCGCGCAGGGCGAGGCUGACCUACGGCGCCAGCGUGCUGCACGCUUUCGAUGAGAAGAACGCCGAGCACCGGAGGCGCCGCGAUGCCGGGGAGACGCUCAAGUACGAUGACCGCGACGAGGUCAUGGUCGACGGCUGUUUCUUCCCUCACAUCAGGAUUGGAGAAAACGUCCCCACCAACGGCGUCACGUCGCGGGAAAACUACACGCCCGUCUCGCUGGAGAACGAGACCAACUGCAUCCAGGUCUACGCUAGCUCCGCCAGGGACCCGGCCUUUGUGGACGAGGACAGCUGCUUCAUGCUCGGAAAAAUCAGUUUCCCCCUGGACAUGACCAAGAAAACCCGCCAGGAGCGCGCCUAUCGCGUAGAGUUCACUUUCGGAGGGCCGGAGCUGACAGUCAAGAUCCUGCACCGUACGGAAGAGAAGCAGAUUGCGGAUGCAGUGAUGACACUGUCGCGGGUGCCGAAGUCGUAUGAUGGCAUAAGCGGGGGUCUUUGGCAGUCGUGAGCUGGUUCGCUGCGUCCGCCUUACACCAGAACCUAACGCACCUCUCGCCAGGACCUCGUUUUGGUGUAUUCUCACCGAGUUUCAUCUUUCCCGAGGGAAAAGGGUUGUUUCUGCGUUAUUUUGUUUCGUUGGAUUUGCAUUUCUUGCCGUCGUUAUGUCCUUGCUCUCUUGCACGUGGUCCUUGACUCCCUGGUUUCCUUGUCACCUGGCUCCGUCGCGUUCUUGCUCGUAUAUGCUCCCCGUCCUUGUUGGUUCCUUGGGACGUAUCUAGCUUCCUCGUAAUUUAGCUCCUUGUACUUUGUACCGUGGUCUUCUUGCGGUCUUGUGUUCGUUAUUGUGAUGUGUUCCCCCUUGCAUUGUUUCGCUCUUUGGGUUAUUUUCUACCAAACUUCUUGUGCCCUUGCUUCUUGCUUUAGGUACAAGUUCCUCUUCCUUAGUCCGAUCCUCUUGUUGGUGUUCUCUUGUGUGUCGUUAUUCCCUUAUCCGUUCUUCAGACGGCUAUUUUCUUGGGUAAAAACCGGCGUUCCUUCUGGCGAGAGGUACAGUCUAUCACUGGAUGGAGAAUGAAUGGUUGAAGUCAAAGUAGGCACAAGCCCCCAUCGCUGGGCGUUACAUUCGUGCCGUAUACAUAGGACUUCAUUAGAUCAGCCCAUU